AUGGCUGGAGCUCCAAGAAACAAACACAGUAAACUGUUGCUUGGAGUUAUUUACAGUUCAGAUUUACUGAUGACGGCUUCCUACUGGCUAGAGUGUUUCGAGGACUUGCUUAGUCAUAUCACAUCCACGUGGGAUGGCAUGGUGGUUCGUACAGGUGAUAUUAACUUCAGCUGUUAACUUUGAUCUUAUCGGCGUCCUGACUCUCUCGUUACACGCUACAGCAAUACCUUAG